AUGAAUGGGGCAGAGCUCAGCGGCAAAGGCAUAGCGGCCCGACGCGCUGCAGGAAAUAUAAUCCAGAAAAAAACAAAGAUUAACUACUCGAAAUUCAAGUUUUUCAUCAAAACUGCUCUUGUUGCCGCUGCCCUCCAGCUACCGUUCAGCCCGAAGGCUCCACUGUUUGCUUGCAACACCUCGAAGCCCGUCAGCAUUUCACCCCGUUUUCCACUUGGCGCCUUCUUGACCGCUGCCGAAACCGGAGUUGAGCUGCGGGCGAUCUGCAGAGAAAGCGGCGCAACGAUGGAUGCGGCCGGGGAGGUGCAGCGCCUCCUGCAGUCUGUCCGCAGCCGCCUGCGCCGCAGACCUGGGCCCCAUCAUUCCCGGCUGUCUUACCAGCACUUUGUGGAUUCGUUUGAGGAGAUGGCGUCUGCCUUUGACUCCAUGUCUGCAAUGCGUUUGCCGCUCUGCCUGGUGUUUGAUGCUGCCGUUGAUCUGGCCUUGGGGCUCCUUAAACUGGGCUUAGCGGAUCUUGCGCUCUCUGUACUUCGACUCAAGGCCCCAGAUGCGCGCGAUGUCCUGAAGAACGCAGCCUACAACAAUUCGUUUACUGUCAACACGGAAGGCGGCAGCAACACUUCCUGCCCCACUUGCAGCAGACAGCAGAAAGCAGCAGAGGCGGAGCGCAGCAGCAGCUUCUCCGACAGCCUCGACAAGAGCGACAGAAGCAGAAACGGCAGGCUUGAGAAUCUGCAUUUGCUGCAGGCCACAGGCGGGUUCGUGUUGCUGAACGCAUGCGCAGCAGCAGCACACUGGCUGCAGCAGCGUGACGACCGCAACAGCUGCGCUGAGGCGGACCGUCGUGCCUCUGUGUUAGAACGCAUUGAGUCGCUGCAUCUUCUGCUGUGUGCGUGGAAGGCAGCUAAGGAGGCUGUAGCUCCUGCUGCUCUCCCGCUGCAGCUGCAGCGCUUCCUAUUCCCCGCUGUGCUGCUGGUGAGCCGGUUAUGUGAGGGUUUGGGUUCAAGUGGCUACAGCAGCACUGCAGCGCAGCUGCUCAGCAGGUGUCUGUACACCACAGAUGCCUUUGAGUCCCGGUUCUCUGCUCCUUACUGGCUCUACUGGUGGCAGUUAGCGACCCUUCUGUCUUCUCGCCGGCAGUGGGGAGAAGCCGCACGAGUCUGUGCUGCAGUCUCAGCAGCAAUUGCGGAAGCCUUGCAGCAGCCGCUAGCGGCAGCAAAGAAGAGAGAAAUAGAAUACAAGCAACUCCUCUUUGCUGCUUUCCUUACUAAGUGCAAACUCAGAGCACAAGCCAUAAUGCCGGCCGAUGCCUUCGAGGGAUUGCACACAGCGGUGAAGGCAUUUAUUUCGAGUGUAUGGACAGAUCCAGAGACUGCGCUGCUCCCAUCCGGCCGAGCCGGACGCACUACUUCUGCUGCUGCUGCUGCUGCUGCUGCUGCUGCUGCUGCUGCUGGUACUCGGGUGAACAACAGCGACGGGAGCACAGCCAAAUGCUUUUCUCUUGAGCAGCAGAUCCGCAAGCUUGUAGCUGCUGCUCAUGCAAGCGAAAGCAGCACAGCAACAGCAGCAACAGCAGCAACAGCAGCAACAGCUCCGAGCUUGUUUCUCGAAGGGUGGCAGUCUGCCACUUACCGCAGGCUGCUGCUGUCGCUGGGGCUGCUGCUUCUGCAGCCGGAGGGCCACGGGAGCCGCGGGGCCCAAGCUUGGGGCUUGAAUAGCAGCAAUGGCUGGGAUGCAUACAGCCGCAGCAAGAACGCACAAUUCGAAGGCGACGCGCAUGCAGGAGAAGGUGAGUCUUCUGGCAGCAGAAGCCCCUCCUCUAGAAGACGAGAGGAGGCUAAGGGCUCCCGCAAGAAGAAGUUCACAAUGGCGGUCGCAACAUCAGCAGCGGCUGCUGCUGCUGCUGCUGCUGCGGACAGCAACAGCAGCAGCAGCAGCUCAGCAGAGGCGGUGCUGCUGAAGCUGCUAGAAAUCGCCGAGCCUCUGUUUGCCGAUUUUCUUACGGCAGCCUCAAAGUUGGACUCGGUGUUUAAGACAGAACUCCGAGGGGUCUCUUCAGACCCCAGGACAGCAGCAGCAGCAACAGCAGCAGCAGCAGGCCCUCACGACGCUGGUGGGCACUUGCGCAAGAAGCCUUCCCGUCAAUCUGCAGCAGCGGGACCAAGUGCUGCAGCGGCAGCAGCAGCAGCAGCAGCAGGCCCUGGCUUCAGUGACGAGUUUCUUAGAGAAGCUGUUCGAGCAGCCCAGCGCAGUGCAGCUUCGCUACCGCUGUACAUACACCUGGAGCUCCUAUGGCGUUUAGCAGAAGCGGAGGAGGUUCUGCCUCCCGGGAAGUUGUUGAAGUGCUGGCGCGCACUCGAGUGUCGCUUCAUCUACAUGAACUUUUUCCAGCCUCCAGUAACGGAGCUAGAGGUGAUUGAACUGGAAGGGGAAUUACCGGGAGAGGGCUCGGCGCAGCAGCAGCAGCAGCAGCAGCAGCAGCCGCUGCAGCUGCAGCAGCAACAGCUGCAUAGACUGGAGGAGCUGCUGCGGCAGGGGUGGCAGGUGGCCAGUUGCUGCGACAUGCAGGGGCUGCGGGGCUUGGAAGAGGUUGCGGUGAGUUCCGGUGUAUGUACAGAUGAACGUCGGCAGAGUAAUAAACUGCAGCAGCAGCAGCAGCAGGCAGCGGUGGAGGCCCGUGGAGUUGCUGCAGCAGCAGCAGAAGGGGGAAAAGAACAAGAGGAGGGCAUGCAACAUCAUGAAAAUAAUCGCAGAGAGCAAAACCACCGCAUCAGACUCCUCUUAGCUCGUCGCUGGGAUUGGGAAGCUGACAUCCACGCCAGUGCUGCUGCUGCUGCUGCUGCUGUCGUCACUGCAGCAGCAGCAACUCCUGCUGCUGCAACGCCUGCUGCUGUUUCAUCUAUUGCCAGCGGACCCCACACGCCCCAAGCGCAGAGUGAAGGCCUCCUCAAGUGCCCAGAUGUCAGUACAGCCUGCUGCAGCGCAGCAGAGAUAAGCAGCAGCGUGCCGCUUAUAUGCGGCAUGCAGCUCAUAGCAGCAAAAACCUUCGAGGAUGCUGCAGCAAAAUAUAAGGCAGAAAUGCGUGGCACAGAAGCACCUUCUCCGUGGGAAACAGCAGCAGCAGCAGCAAGAGCAACGACAGCAACAGCAACAGCAGACGCAGCAGCAGCAGAAGCAGCAGCAGAUAGCACUAAUGCUCUUGAAGAGGCGCAUGCAUCAGGGCCCCUGGGGAAGUCACUCCCAGUAGACCGCGUGCUGCAUGCAGUGUACGAUAUAGCGGAAGAUGCGGAGAUGCCUUUGCUGCCUCUGCGGCUAUUGCUGAGGCAACAGCAGCAGCAGCAGCAGCAGCAGAAGUUGCUGCAGCAGGUUGCGAACGCGCAAGUUGUAAUUCACAAUGUUUUAGCUGCUGGUGAGGCAGCCGAAUUAGGAGGGGCUGCAUGCAGCAAUACUAAGGGAGCAGCAGCUGAUCCUUCAGGUGUAAAGACACCCCACGAGCAGCAUCCUACAGCAGCUCCAGACUCUAUAACCGUGCAUGUGCUGCAGCUGCGCCUAUCUGCAGCAUCAGCAUCACCAUCACCAGCAGCAGCAGCAGCAGCAGCAGCGGCAGCAGGGGAGCACACGUUUCUUGUGUAUACAAAGGCUGCAGCAGGCUGUGCAAUUUCUGCUGUGGAUUGCAAUACACCUCAAGAUGAUAAGAGCCCCACGAAGGGGCCCCCCCAAAGCGAGGAAUUGAUGUCUUCUUGCUCGGGCAGCUCAGCAGAGGUGCUGCAUUGGCGGCUGCACGGUUGUCUUCGUUCUUUGCUGCAGAGCUGUCUCGGUAUACACCUGAAUGUGUUAUGUGUUGCUGCUGAUUCUUCUCCUUGGUAUUCACCGCCUCUCCCUCAUCUCAAUGCUUUACUUCAUCUGCCCAGAAGAGAAACGCAAAAGCUGGAGGCUGCAAUAGACGGGGAAGGAGAGCCUUUCGCUCUUCUCUAUGAACGCAGCGCUCCGAAGGCCCCGUGGGCCUUUGCUGCAACUCUAAAGGACCUCACAAGCAGCAGCAGCAGCAGCAGCAACAGCAACAACAGCAGCAGCAGCAACAGCAGCGGCAGCGGCAGCAGCAACAGUUUAAGCCUUUCUAGAAAGCCUUCUUCUCAUUCCGAGGGGGAGAUGAACAUUGAUUUGCGGCUGAGUCUCGUUGUAGAGUUAACGUCUCUAUGGAUUGAUGCCUUUAGCGCUGAAGGCGUCGAAGAGCAGCUUAAAUAUUUUUCUUCUCACUACCUCAGUGAAGUGCUGCUCGUUCUGUGGCAUAGUCAUAUUCUUCCUCUAGCAAAUAUUCUUCUUGCUGCUGCUGCUCCGGGGGAAGCCGUUCAAAGUCUACUUGAGUCGAGCGCUGCAGAGCCACAGUUUGCUGCUCCUGCUGCUGCUGCUGAGUCGCGUCCUGCUGCUGCUGGUGCUGUUGGGCAGCUGUUGCUGCAGCUGAAGAAGGCAGUGCAGCACGUGGCUUUGCUGAUGAUAAAAUGCCGCUUCAAUCAUCUGAGGCCGCUGGCUGCAGCGGGUGUUCUUUUGUAUGACUUGGCGCAGCGCUGCGCCCAUCUCUCCAGCGGAGAAGACCUUCGCCUGCCUGAUAUGUUAAGGGGUUUAAUACUUCGAGCGGAAGCCGCAGCUUCUGAGUUGGCAGCCCCUUUUGUAGAGGCUGUAGGAGCAACAGCAGCAACAGCAGCAGCACCAGCAGUAGCACCAGCACAACCAGCAGCAAGAGCAGCAGCAGCAGCAGCGCUGCUGGCCUCAGCGGAUCCUGCUGCUUAUUGGGAGCAGCGAGAUAAAGAAGAAGCAGAAGACACGCCAACGAAGGAGAUCAGCACGACCUCGAAUGACCGGCAGGUGCAAGAGGAGUUGCUGCUGCAGCAGCAGCAGCAACAGCUGCAGCAGCAGCGGCAGCUGCUGCUGCAUGCAGGGGCUUCCCUUACCUGGGAAGCAGAACCAGCUGAGGCUUGGUCUCUCUUAUGUCUGCUGUAUGACGUGGAGGCUCGGCUAGCAGCAAAGGCGAGGGCUUUGUUUGUUCCUCUGCGAGAUUCCCCCGCCUUCACUCCCUCUGCAGGUGUUCAUACUGCUUCUGAUCCAGAGGGGAAGGGCAGCAGCAGCAGCAGCAGCAACAGCAGCAUGCUUGCUGCCAGCAGCAAGGCGGAGCCAGCAGUUGUUGCUGAUGGGCAGGAAGAGGCUGCAGCUAGAGAGCGCAGUAGCACUCAGCAGCAGCUGCUGCAGCAGCGGCUGAAGCAGCAGUGCGGCGUCAAUUGCUACCGCCGGUGUUUAUAUCUUUGUGCGUUUGCUGCUACGCUUCCUCCUGCAGCAGCAGCUGCUGCUGCUGCUGCAGCUGAGGCGGAGGCUGCAUCUGCUGCCAAGCUCGAACGCAGAUGGGUAGCAGCAGCUGCAGCGGCAGCAGCAACGGCGGCAGCAGACGCAGAAGCAGCAGCAGCAGCAGCCGAAGUCAAGUCCUUGGCUGAUCCUGUAACCCGCAGCAGCAGCAGCAGCAACAACAGCAGCAGCAGCAGCGGGUCUUCGAAAAGACGCCGACAGCUGGGUGCUCCUCUGAUGGUUGGCCGGGGCCCCCAGUAUCUGUUGCUGAGUCUUCCAGCUGCUGCUCCUGUUGCUGCUGCUGCUGCUGCUGCUGCAGGGGGGCCCUCCGCUCCCGGUGCAGGGAGGCCCUGGCGGGUUUUGUAUGGGGGCCCCCUGCGUACACCUGGGGGCCUUGGGGUGUCUAGACACCAGAAAGCAGUAACAGGAUCGGGCCUAAGGUUUGAGAUAAAUUCUUUAGUUUGCAUUCAGCAACUCAAAGACACUCAACAUUAUGUCGUUGCAUACGAAGAGAUUGGAGGCUCUCGCUCUUCUGAUUUAUUUAGUGAUGCUUCGACCCCUCUUAGCUGCGCCUGGCCUCUCCCUCUCCCGAUGCUGCGGGGCUGUAUAUACACCACAGCACUUCGUUGUGGUCUCACCCGUGUUGCACAACGAAAGAAUGGGGCGAAAAAAGUCAACGCCACCAAACGCCAACUUUUAAACAAGACGCACUUCGCAUUUGUUUUCGGUCGGCUUCCGCCCGCUGUGCUUCGUUCAAUUGCUGAGAGCCUCGUCGCAUGCCCUCAAGAGCGCAGCUCAGCAAAUAAUGUUAUUAUAUGGCGGGAAGAGAUUCCCCUUAUUCAUGGAAUACUCAGCAGCAAACGCCUUCCCCGCUGUCUUGCGCUUCCUGCUGCUGCAGGUUUGCUGCUGAGCCCUGCACAGAAGCGUUUGCUGCUGAGCUCGUGGCUGAGUGCAUGCGUUGUUGCAGCAGCAUCCUCACCACUGCCUCGGGGCCCCGCAGCAGCUCCUGCUGCUACUUCUGCUGCUGCCGCUGCUGCUGCUGGUUUGUUAGAAACCCUCCCCCUUCCCGCCUGGCUGUGCGACAGCCGCAGCGGCGAAGGUAAGCAGCUGGGGCUGCUGCUGCUGCAUGUGCUGCUAGCAGCACCGGUGGAGAUUGCUGCUGCGCUGCAGCGGCUUGCAGAUUUCGUUCGCUCUGCAUGCAAGACCUCGCUAUUUAAAGAAGAUUCUUCUUUCUCUAUUAUGCACCUUAUUACUGCUGUCUUCUCUCUGGGUGUGAAGCGCCGCAUGCGAGAGACGCAGUGUACAGACACCGCAGAGAUUGAUGAGAUCGUAGCAGAGGCAGCAGCUGCGCUUGAAGCUGCUGCUCCUGCUGCUGCUUCUGCUGCUGCUGCACUUCGCAGCUACACAGAUGCUAUCGCCCAUAUGCAUGCAGCACCAGCAGAACCUCUCGUUGAGUGGCUGGCUUCUGGUGAAGUCCUACAACACCGCACGCUAGGUGCUGUCAGCAGCGACACCGCAGCAGCAGCAGCAGCAGCAACAACAGCAGAAACAGCAGAAGAGGGGGUAUCAGCUCUCGAUACUUCUGCGCAUGCCCAGGCUUUACAUCAACAAGAAGUGCUGCAGGAGCGGCGGCUUAGAGCAGCACAACGGGAGAUGCAGCAAAUAGCGAAGCAGCAAACAGCAGAACUUCAGUGCUUCUCACAUUUAUAUUCCCUGCUGCUGGCAGCACCAAUGGAGACUAUCUCAGCCUAUAGACGAGCUGCAACAGCGCCCCCUCGACACACAGACAGCAGCAGCAGCAGCACCAGCAGCAGCAGCAAAACGCAGCGCACUCCACAUGGGCUCUUCGAUUUCGAUGCAAUUGCUGCUGAAAUACUCCUGCAGCCCCGCAACGACCAUGCAGCAGCAGCAACAGCAGCAGCAGCAGCACCAGGCGGAUCAGGUAACGCUGAAGAUGCAGGCUGCGAUGCUCCCGGGCAUGCGCAUGCAGCUGCUGCCUCGCCCUCUUCAAUAAGCUCCGAUAGACGCACUGACCUAGCUGCAGCAGGAGCAGUAGCGGCAGCAGCAACAGGAGCAACAACAGCAGCAGCAACAGGAGGAGGAGCAGCCGGCGACCUUGCUGCUUUUUGGAGCGCCUUUUCGCUGUUAUUUCAAAGAGCAGCAACAGCAGCUUCUUGUGCUGUUGCUGCGAAUGCUCCGCUGCUAGCAUACUCUAUUAUCAUGCAGCUUGGCAAUGCUUUGCUGCUGCUGCAUAUAGACAGAAAUCUUGCUGCUGCUUUCUUUGAUGACCCGUCCCUUUCCCAGUGCGGAGAGACCGCGUUAUUGUGGGAUUCCAGUGCUGCUGCUGCUGCUGCUGCUGGGCACGACGCCUUCGGCGCAGCAGCAGCAGCAGCAGCAGCAACGCGAGAAGGCAGCCGCGGGGCAGACGGCACUGCAGCAGCAGCAGCAGCAGCAAUCAGCAAGCAGCAGAAGCGCGGGGAGACGAAGAGCUUUGUAAGGCCUCUGGGAUCGGUCAGCUCAAGUGUUGCGGCUGCAGUGCCUCGUGGAUUCAGAGGGCAGCAGCAGCAGCAGCAGCACGGAGAUGUGAAGCAGCAGCUUCCGCUGUUUGUUGCAGCAGGCAUGGUAGCUCAAGCAUGCACGGAUCUUCUCUAUCUCGUGCUGCAGCAGCACCUGCAGUUAUUUGAAAAAAAUCAAAUAAACAUGCUUCAGCUUGAGGCCAUUAUCAACGCAGCACCUCCUGCUGCUACUGCUGCUGCUGCUGCAGCAGCAGUAACAGAGGAUGACUGUGAUGGCUCCACGCUGCUGCUGCUGCAAGCAACCGAAGCAGCAGCAGCAGAAGACAGCAGCAGCGAUAUAAAUAACAACGCAGAGGCCCUCAGCAUACAACUCGCAGUUUGCCGAAGAGCAUUUGCUGCAGCAGAAGAAGCAGCAAAAGCAGCAGAUGAUGUCUUGUGCUUCUGGAGAGAACGAGAAGCCGCAGUAAAAGCCUCUCUAGCAAAGCAGCAGCAAAUGGAGGUGCUGCUGCAACAACAGCUAAACACAAUGCAUGCAGCCCCAAACCCAGCAGAUGCUCUUCUCCUUAGCCUAGAAAAAACAAGGAAAAACCUCUGGGAAGCCAAGUGCAGCAACACUGAUUCUGCUGCAUUGUCGCUGCUGCUGCAGCGAGCGCUGCGUCUGCACGAGAAAGCCGUGCAUACACUGCGUCAAGCUAAAGAUUUUUUAGGUUUAUGCUGGGUAUUAAAUAGAAAAGGAGAUUUAUCUUGGUUAGUAUCUCAAGAAGAUAUUGCAUGCAGUGCAUGGAUAGAGGCAGUAGAAGCUUGUUUCUGUCGUAGAAGUUUGCUGAGGGAGUGGGAGCAUAUUGAAGAGAGCUUCUUUAUCGUAUAUGAUAAUAAAUUAAUUAAUUUACGCAUGCAUAGCCUCUUACCUCUGUAUAAAUGGGCGAGACUUAUCCACAGAUACUCGCACCAGCAGCAGCUGCAUGCAGCACUGCUAGCCUUUCGCAUUCUAUCUGGGGCUCUGCAUGCAGCAGCAGAAUACCCUCCUCUUUACUCAGCAGCAAACGAAGGCAACAGCGAUAAAAAUAAAGCAGCAGAAGCAGCAGCAGCACCAACAGCAACAGCAACACCAGCAGCAGCAACAGCAGCGGCAGCAGCAGCAGAAAAGCUGUAUGCAGGCCGUAGCGACGGAGGAGUCAUGAGACACCGCAUGAAGCAGCUGCAUGCGCAUCUUAGUUUCCUUCCUGCUUCAUUGCUGUCUCCUGCAGCAGAAGGCAGCAGCAGCAGCAGCGGGAGCGGAGGCAGCAGCAGCAACAACAACAGCAGCAGCAACAGCGCAGCAGAGCUCGUCGAAGCGCUAACAUGCCGUCUUGUAGAUCUGUACGGGGCUUCAAAUGCGCGGCGGUUUAUUUUGGCGAAGGCCGCGUGGAUGUUCGCCGUCGUUUCGAAUAUUGGGGCUCCUCAUCUUGAGAAUGGGAUUAGGGCUUGGCAUCGCGUCGCGCAUCUCCUUUUGCUGCAGCAGCAAUUAAGUGCAGCAGCAAAACUCAUAGGGCGUUUGCUGCAGCUCGCAGCAGGGCGGAGGCCCCCGGCGACAAAUUCUGCGCAGCUGAAGCUGCGUGCAGCAGCAGAAGGAUUUCAGUGUUCAGCGCCUUCUUAUGAAGAACCUGUUGCUGCUGCUGCUUCUGCUUCUUCUGCUGUUGCAGCAGCAGCAGCAGCAGCAACAGGCUUGAACAGCAGCGAAGAGCUGUGGGAUUUGCCUAUGCCCCCCACAAGCGCGCCUGGGGCGCCUUCUCCGCAUCUGCUGUCAUCAACAGCAGCAAGUGCAGCAGCAGCAGCAGGAGGAGCAGGAGGAAGAGGAGCAGCAGCAACAGCAGCAGCAGCAGCAGGUGUUAUAUGUGCACCUGCAGCAGUAUUGGAUCUGCUUGUUUUAUUAGCAAAGGUAUUGAUAGCGAGAGGAGAGCCCAGUAAGGCUCUUUGUCUAACUAAAUGGGUGCGAUAUUAUGCAAAAGAAGUAAAGUUAGAAGAAGACAAUAGUUUUAUAACUGCAUGUUUGUUAUAUUCAUACAUUCUUGUAGAGUGCCCUGCCUUAUUGAGAAUAGCAGAGAUAGACGACAGCAAAAUAAAUUCUUUCUGGGGAGAGAGAGACAUUCUUCAAACUCUACCUGAAGAAACAACAGCAGCUAAUCACAGUGCAGUCUGGCGCCGCAUAGCCUUACUCAGAAAAGAAGCCUUGCUGCAGCUCAGCAGCAGCAGCAGCAGCAACAACAACAGCAGCAGCAGCAACAGCACGUACGGCUUCCUUUCGAAUCCCGAAGCAUCACUUCGGGGCCCGUACCCCCACGACGCCGCUGCAGCAGCAGACUCUGCAGCAGCAGCAGCAGCAACAGCAGCAGAUAAUAAUCACCAGAAGACGAACAAACAAAACCGCCCGCUGCUGCUGCAGCAGCACGAGGUGGAAGCAGCUGAGUUGUGGCGGUCUUUAACGCUGCCUCCCCUUCACCAUCUAAUUCGAGAGGAGGAGCGGAGCAGCAGCCCUGCUGCUGCUGCUGCUUCUGCUGCUGCAGCAGCAACAGCAGCAACGUUGAAUUUACAUGACGCAAAGAACGAGCAAAAGGCUGUUCUUCUGCUAGAGUUUGCUGAGGCUCUGAAGCAUCAAACCCCACAAACUGCUGCUGCUUAUCUUCAAGCUGUCUGCAGCACUGGAGAUACACUGCGCAGCAUAGGAGAGCCCAACCCUUUUCUUUGCGUACGUGUAUGGCUUCAUCAGCUGCAUGCAUUCCGUCUCCAGCUGGAGCAGCAGCAGCAACAGGAAAAGCUGCUGCUGCUGCAGCAGCACCUCCUGCUGCAACGAGCAGCUGCCACCGCCCGUGCUGCUGCUCCUGCUGCUGCUGCUGCUGCUGCUUCCCCAGAGGGAGAGAGAGGCGAGGGUGUAUGCGGGAGCGUAGAAGAGAUAAUAACAGAACAAAUGCUGCAAUAUUUCAAGACCGUUAUGCGUAUACUCAUCUUCAUUGAUAAAUAUUGCUGCUGCAGUUUGCAUUUGCUGCGGGAACUCUUCUCUGAAGCUCUGCUGCUGGCGGUGCUCAUGUUGGCGAUUUCAAAGCAACUUGCAGCAGCAGAAGCAGCAGCAGCAUCAGAUGCUGCUCCUCCAGCUGCUGCUCCUGCUGCAGCAACAGCAGCACCAGCUGCUGCUGCUGCUGCUGCUGCUGUAGGGGGAGGAGGAGGGGAGAAGAGCGGGAGCGGCUCACUGCUGGCGAGGGUUUUGUUUAGAGGAAUUCAUUUAUGUAUUAUAUCCUGCGGCUCUGCUUUGUUUGUGCUUGAGGAGAUGAAGGGAAGAUGCGGUGUACAGAUUGGUGGAGGGUUGAUAUCUUCAGAGGCAAAGACAGCGAGUUGUUUGCAUGCAUUUCUUUCUAACAUGUUGAGCACGCAGAGCCUCACUGGGGUGUCUUCUCUAUUAGCAACAGAUGCCUUUGCAUGCGCUUUGGGGCUGCAGCUGCAUGCGGGAGAGGAGGGAAGAAAAUAUAUCUCUUCUUCGCUGGAGAUACACCCCAAUGGUGGUGACAGAAGCAGAAAAGAUAUGCAAAAAGAAACAAACAAAGAAGGUAGCAAAGGACAGCAGCAAACAUACGAUGCACACGCAGCAGCAGCAGCAGCAGCAGGAGAUGCUGCUACUGCUCCUGCUUCUUCAAAUCCGCUGCUGCUGGAGUGUCUGCAGCCUACGCAGCUGCUGCUAAGCAUGAACAGCAACGGGGCUGCUGCAGCAGCAGCACAGAUGAUGUGGCUGCCUGCAGGAGUAACAAGUCGCAUCGACAGAGCCGUCCUUGCAAAUUCUUCCCAGCCUCAACACUGA